AUAUAUAUAUAUAUAUAUAUACCACUAAAAUGCCGUCUUCCUCAAGUUGUUCUCUGUAAUACAAAGCGGUCACACUAUUAAAGUAGCCACUGUGGUGUAUUUUCAGGUCUGUAUGAUAUGGUAGAUACUACAGUUUUAUUAGAUUGGAUUAUCAAAGUAACAUGCAGUAUUUUAACCUAAAAAGUAUUCCAUCAACUAUAAUAUAAUAGAUUAAGCUUAAGUUUGUGUUCUUAUGUGCUCUUCUGUAUAUUUUGAAUUACUUGAAGCGAAUAAUUGGUUAUAAUAAUGCUUGCUUAACAGAUAAUCUUUAUUUUUAGGCAUUAAGUGAUUAGAUUUGGCUUUCUGUUAUCACUUGUUAGCAGAUACUUGUCAUAUACAUAGAUUUUGAAAGACGAGAUUAUAUUCUUAUACCUAUCAUUUCCCACUGGUUCUUAUACACCUAUGAGACCUUCCUCUGUUUAACUGCCAGAAUAAAAUUCUCACUAACUCAAACUUCAAAAUGAUAUAAGUUCAUUCGAGUUUGCAGAUGCACCUUGCUGAUAAGUGCCAACAAGCACUGAACAUAGGUACAGAAAUUCCUGCAAAUUGCCUCCGAUCGCUUAGCCAGAAUUCAAAGUACCCGCAGUGGUUAGUUACUUAUCUUGGCAACCAUCUUGAAACGUGACUGAUAGAAUUCGUCAGCACCAACUCAUAAGAAUAGAUACGGGACAUGACCAGUCAAUGCAUAGGUUUAAGAAUUUAAAAUAGAUGGUGGAAAAAUGGUUGGUUUUAACCCCAUUAGCUUAUCUACAUAAAUGCGAAUAAGCUAUCAAGAACUAACUCAUAUCUAACCAAGUACUUAGAGUUAGUGCCAAUAAAAGACACCGUGUUACGAGUGCACCUAUGUCUGACUUCUACAGUAUUUAUGUUUCAAAGAAAACUAUGCAAACAGAAUUGUCGUAGGGUUACCGAUAUCUGUAUUUGUGGCAUAUAUAUAUAUAUAUAUAUAUAUAUACAUAUAUAUAUAUAUAGUGCUCACCAACCACGCAUGUGGUUCGUAGUUUGGCCCCCGGCCGAUGCACUCCUUUACCUCGUUAAGCCAGUAAUAUGACUGGUAAAAAGGGAAUUGGGCAUGAGACCAACAACCCCAUCUCGUAAAAAUAAAACACCACAGCCGCCGAAACUUCAAGCCUCUAGCUUGAAGCCCUAUGUUCCACUAGUAACGUAAAGGAAUAAAAAAAUGUACAUGUAUAUGAGUAGGUGCUAAAUGUCAGUGACUGAAAUGUUCAACUCCUCCCCCAAAAUAGGGUAGGGUUAUGUAGGUGACCCAUUCAAAGUAUUAGUAAUACAAGACAUAGACAGGUGUUUUGAAGACAUGAAUUCAAUGAUAGAUGCUAUUCAGUGUACUUAUGAGUUGGAAAGUCACGAAGGAGAACUUUCGUUUUGGCUUACGUAAUUAAACGUUAAAAAAGAUGGAAAAAUAACUAUGAACUCUAACAGAAUACUCGCAAAUGCAAACUGAUACUUGGAUUUCGCAUCAUCCAAAGGCAUAUUAAUAGAAAUAAGAUGAGUGAAAUACUUAAGUGAUAUGAGAAAGAAGCUAAUUUGUACAAAGGGAAAUCUACGACAGAAAGUAAAAUGCAUAACAUAAGCGUUAGAAAUUGAUAGUUACCUUCACAAAUUAAUUUGCAAAUGUAAAGUAGUGGAUCUCAGAAAGACAGGAAAUCUAGGGAAAAGAUCAGCCAUGGCAGUACGGGAUAAUUGGAGCUUUAUAUAUCGAAUCACCAAGGGGUAUGUGCAGUAAGGAUGAUUCAACACCUGUCCUGGAUCUCUGGAAAAUUCUACUCCCCUUUCUACAAACAAAUAAGAACAAAAGCUAUAAAAACUUCGGUUUCAAAUUUUGUAGUUACAAUUGAUAUGAUUAUGAAUGAUAAAUUGUGUGCGUAAUGAAAUCCAGCAAAAAAUACUGUACAGUUUUGUGAUAUUUCCAAUAAACUGGAUAAUAUGAAAUUAAAGAUAAUUAGGUUUCGUAACUUAAGGCCUUAAGUUGCUGAAAAUUAUUGGUCAGAAGCAGUAGGUGAAAUGAGUUGUACUGGUUGGUGUGCAUUUAUUUACAGUCGUUCUCCAAACUGUAAACACGAUGUCCCAUAUCAGUUAUUUUUGGUUACUGUUUAUACUUAUAAUAAGGCUAUCUAGGAUAGUCUUGGGUUGGCAGACUACUAAUAAUUUGAUAGCUAAUAACUAAAGAUUCGAUGAAAACUUUCGUCGUAGCGGAAUUCGGACUGGUAGCUUCCGGAUUGUUAGGCGAGUGCUCCAUCAUUUGAACUACUGAUCAUGUAAUCUUUUGCAUCUUGCUAAUACUCUUGACUACGGUAUUCUAGGGUAUAGGAUGGCAAACUAAUGCAGACCCCUCAAUGUUCCUACGAUGUGCGUCUUACAAGAGCGCAUUUAAAUCCGUUUUGUUUUUAACAAUCUUAUUUUCAUUCAGUUACUUUAUAGAAACUAAAGAGAAUGGAAAAGUAUAUGGUUUAAAAUAACGUGCACUUGUCGUCUUAUCUUUGACUUCAAGGCUGCCAAAACAUAAGACUGUCUAUUAUCUGGAAUCAGACGAAUGGCCUUAGCUUCAGCAAGAAGUUUAUCUGUGAUAAACGUUCAAAAGAAUUUGCAGCUUAGUACAAAAACAUGUAUUGGGCGGUUAUAUAUAAGAUUAAAUAUUGCACAGGCAUUUUCAUCCACUGACAAAUCAAAUGAUUUUGGAGAAUCAAAGAACGAUAGCAGCUUGCCAAACCAAAAACUCUCUUCUGAAUUUCAGAAAGCUAUUGCUCAUGGUCCCAGUCUUUCCGAAUUUAUCAAACUUGGCAAAAGCAAUCAGGCAGUUGAUCAAGGUAUUCAUGAAUCUCAAAGUAAAGUGUCUAAAACUGGUGAACGUCUUCGUCUUCCAAAAUGGCUUAAGACUGAAAUUCCUUGUGGUGGUAAUGUUGCACGCUUAGAGAAACAGUUACGUUCAUUAAAUUUACAUACAGUUUGUGAAGAAGCUCGAUGUCCUAAUCUCAGUGAAUGCUGGAGUGGUGGAAGUUCUGCAGCAUCCACAGCUACCAUCAUGAUAAUGGGUGAUACAUGUACAAGAGGUUGUCGAUUUUGUUCAGUGAAAACCUCCCCGAAUCCACCACCUCUUGAUCCAAACGAACCAGUUAAUACUGCUGAAGCUAUAAGCAAUUGGGAUGUAGACUAUAUUGUAAUCACUUCAGUGGAUCGUGAUGAUUUGGUCGAUGGAGGAGCCCGGCAUAUUGCUGAAACAAUUCGACAAAUAAAAGCACGUAAACCAUCAAUUUUAGUCGAAUGUUUAGUUCCAGACUUUCAAGGUUGUACAGAUUCUAUCACUACGGUAGUUCGCGCCAACCCAGAAGUAUACGCGCAUAAUAUAGAGACAGUGGAGUCAUUACAGAGCGUUGUACGUGAUAGGCGUGCUGGUUACUCUCAGUCACUUCGAACUUUAGAAACUGCCAAGGAACGUAGUAAUCGCCUUGUUUCCUCUGGAGAUGCAGAUUCUCUUAUCGUUACUAAAUCUAGUAUUAUGUUAGGUCUUGGUGAAACUGAACAUGAAGUGAUGGUAGCUUUGAAGGAUCUACGCCAAGCAGGAGUUGACUGUGUAACACUCGGACAAUAUGUGCAACCGACUAGGCGUCAUCUAAAGGUAAAAGAAUAUAUUCAUCCAGAUAAAUUUGAUUAUUGGGCAAAAGUCGGCAAUGAAAUGGGAUUUUUGUACACAGCUAGUGGACCGUUAGUACGGUCAUCAUAUCGAGCUGGUGAAUACUACAUUAAAAAUAUUAUAGACCAAAGAAAACGUAAAACUUUGUAAUAAACAGUGAAUACACUGCCAAUCAAUAUUUACAGUACUUUUUCUUAAUUAUCCAAAAUCAGCUUACUUUUGAUGUAGAUUUGUAUAGUAUAUAUAUAUAUAUAUAUAUAUA